CCUAAACUUAAAAUUAGAGAGCUUUAGUUUAGGUUUAGAGAAUGUAACGCUAGAAUCGGUCCCAUUGACUGUGGCUAAACGCACAAGUCGUGCAAAGCCAACAAAAAAAAGAAAAUCGACUGACACCUUUUUCCUAUUGGUCGAUCACUAACGUCGUGACGUCGUGUAGGUUGAAGAACUCUGUCUGUGGGUUGAUUACGUUCGAGGGGUGUUCACUUUGGUGUUCACCUCUCUGUCAUGCUCAUGCUGCGCUGGUAAAGUCAAAAUAUCCGUAAAAAUGUUGUCCAACAAACGUUUAGUAGCAAUUUGUGCAAUAGUAUUUUGCUGUAAUGUGGCUAUGUUAGUGCUAUUCGUGAAAUACAAUGCCCAUGAAAAAUGUUUUGUAACAAUCGACGAGGACCAGAUUGUAACUACUGUGAUACCUGACAACUUUCUCAGCUUCGGAAUCGAUACAUCGGAGGUGGAGAAUUUUGAUAAAGUGAAUUUUCUGAAUAAAAAGUUUAUGGAUAUGGCGGCCGCUUUAUCCCCUGCACGGAUGCGGCUCGGCGGCACGAUGUCUGACCGGCUCAUCUUCAGCGAAGAGCCCAUCUCUGCGUUAAGUUGCGAACACUGCUCUGACACCAACCACACCCACCACGUAUGUCCCGCUCUGAGAAAACUUUGUAAGCACAAAUUCUUACCAUUCUUCCUGCUAACCGGUAACAAAUUUAAAGAAAUUAACACUUUCUGCCAACAUACUAAUAUCAAACUAAUGUUCACAUUAAAUGUGCUACUCCGUGACCACAAUGCGUGGGACGACAAGAAUGCUCGCGAUUUGAUAAAAUUCGCCAGUCAGAAUAACUUCGACAUUGACUGGCAGCUAGGCAAUGAACCUAAUUCUUUCCCACACGUCUACAACACGAGCGUCAGCCCACGAAAAUUAGCUCGCGACUUCAAAAAACUGCGUAAGAUAUUAAAUGAAACGGGAUAUAAUAACUCGCUAAUUGUGGGACCUGAUACCACUCGCCCUCAACCACAUCGUCCAGAAUGCCUUAAAUAUAUGGUAGAAUUUUUAGGAAACGGUUCUCAUACCAUAGAUGUGAGAUCCUGGCAUCAGUAUUAUUUAAAUAGUAGAACGGCCAAGCUGGAAGAUUUUUGGAAUCCUGAUACAUUUAAUUUAUUGGAAAGCCAAAUCAAAACUAUGAGACAACAUACUGCUAAUUACGCCCACAUACCCAUGUGGCUAUCUGAGACUAGCAGUUCAUAUGGUGGAGGGGCUCCAGGGUUAUCUAAUUCUUAUGCAGCUACCCCAUUGUGGUUGGAUAAACUUGGCCUAUCUGCUAAAUACAACAUAACUACUGUAGUUCGACAAAGCUUCUAUGGAGGUAAUUAUAGUUUGAUUGACAGUAACUUUGAACCCCUACCUGAUUGGUGGUUGAGUCUACUGUUUAAAAGGCUUGUAGGAGGAAAGGUUUUGCAGAUACAUUGUGAAUGCUCUCCAAACCAAAGAAUGUAUGCUCAUUGUGCCAACAGAAAAUACACAAAUGACACAACUGCAGUCACUGUUUAUGCUGUAAACUUAGAAAUGGCAAAAGCGAGGUUCCUUUUGAAUGGCACAGCUCUGCAUGGUGAUGAUUUAUCUAUUGAUGAAUAUAUAUUGAGUGCUCCUUCAAACAAUAGGAGAACCAAGACUGUAUUGUUGAAUGGCUGGCCAUUGUACUAUGAAUUAGGAAUGCCAGAGAUGCCCCCACGUCUUAUACAGUAUGGUAACCAUAUUUCAAUGCCCCCAUACUCAAUUGGAUUUUGGGUGAUCAAAAACACUUCGAUUAAAAUCUGCAAAUAAAGUGAUAUGUAAAUUUAAGUUUCUGCAUUAAUGACCCAGCAACAGAGCAAUCCUUCUUUAGCAUUGAUGUUGCUUGCAAAUUUUAUGGUUCUUAACAAAUUGUACCUAUUACCUGUGUACCUUUAGUUAUAUUAAAUAAUUAUUAUUCUUAAUAUUGUUUUGUGAAAGAUCUUAUGGUAAUUGAUCUCUUAUUUGUACAUCUACUUACAUUCCAAUGACUUCAAAGAUAUUGAAAAGAAUAUUUAAAUGUGUUGCCAAUUCCGGUGAUCCUUAAGGUAAAUUGGGCAUCAUGCUAAUACUGGAGCUGAUGACAAUAUUUUUACAUAGUUUUAUAGCUUAACUAACAUUAAUUGAAAACCUAAUAUAAUGUAUAUGUUUUUAAUAUUUACAUUUUUAUACUUAUGACAAAGGUGCCAACAAUGCUUAUUAAAAUAUAUAAUAAAAUAGGGUAUAUUAAGAGGAAAAUGCAAGAUUUGGUCCAGCCAAAAGAGGAAAAAUAAUAGAUGGUCCAUUUUUAUACUUAUAUUUUGAAGCAUUUCUCAGUUAUGUAUUAAAAUGUUAUAGGUAUUUUCUAUGUAUAAAUCCAAAAAGUUUUAAUAACAAUUAAUUUUGUGAAUGCAUACAUGUUGAUUGUGCAUAUAUAGAUAUACCUACAUACAUGUUUUCAAUAUAGUAUAUUUAUGCAUGAACAUGUAAUUGCAUUUGUUUAUGUCUUAUGCAUUCCUUAAUCAAUUGAUUGUCUUGCUAACAUGUCAAGGAUGUUGGACUAUUGAUAUUGAACUUUCUGUGAGUGAUUAAGAGUUAAUUGUACAUGCUUUACUGAACAUGUAACUAUGUUUCUAGGGUUAACAUAUCUUAAUUGUGUACAAAAUAUAAUCUCAUUGAUACUAAUACUGUUGAAAAGAGCCUUUGCACAAGUGUGCCAGAGUCUACAUAGAAUCUAUCAAGGUUAUGUUGCAGUUAGUAUGAUAUUGCAAUGUUUAUAUAUAUAUAUAUAAUAUUA